AGGCUAAAAAUUCAACUAAAACUGUGAAAAUUGUGUUAAACUUGAAUAUAAUGUCGAAAAUGAUAAAAAGAAAAACCGACAUCGAUAAUCCACCGUCGCUGAAACGCUUGAAGGUGCCCAAAUUUCCCGACUCGGAAAAUGAAGAACAGGACCAAAAACAGAAAAUUACGCUGCCAGCUUCGAACGUACUUAAUCGGUCCAAGCAAUGUCCUUAUUUAGAUACCAUCAAUCGGCACUUGCUGGAUUUCGAUUUCGAAAAGCUGUGUUCGGUUUCCCUGACUAGGAUAAACGUUUAUGCCUGUCUGGUUUGCGGAAAAUAUUUCCAAGGUAGAGGAACCAAUACACAUGCCUACACGCAUUCGGUUGCCGAAUCGCAUCAUGUGUUUUUGAAUUUAUCUACUUUGAAGUUUUACUGUUUGCCGGAUAAUUACGAGAUUAUCGAUUCCUCGCUGGAUGAUAUCAAACAUGUUUUGAAUCCGGUGUUUACGCUGAAGGACAUUCGCAAUUUGGAUAGAGAAGAUCAGAAGAUGUCCAGAACGGUUGAUGGUACGCUUUAUUCUCCCGGUAUAGUUGGAAUGAACAACAUCAAAGCGAACGAUUAUUGCAACGUAAUCUUGCAGUCACUGUCCCACGUGAAACCGAUUCGUGAUUUUUUCCUUAUCGAAAAUAAUUACGCUAACAUAAAGCGUCCCCCGGGAGAUACGGCAUUCACGUUGGUUCAACGUUUCGGUGAAUUGCUGAGAAAACUUUGGAAUCCUCGCAAUUUUAAAUCGCAUGUUUCUCCUCACGAAAUGCUGCAAGCGGUAGUACUGUGGAGCAGCAAAAAGUUUCAAAUCACCGAACAAGGUGAUCCUAUCGAGUUCCUUUCCUGGUUUCUGCACAGUCUCCAUAAACAGUUACGAGGCAAUCGGCAGCCCAACUCGUCCGUCGUCAAUCGAACGUUCCUGGGUGAGAUGAAAAUUUACACCCGUAAGCUUCCACCGACGGAGCUGGAUGACGUGCAGAAACAGCUGCUGCUGGCCACGGAUGAGUAUCAGGAGAAGGAGGAAACGUCAACCUUUUUGUAUUUGACGUGUGAUUUACCAGCCACGCCACUGUUCAUUGACGAGUUCAGAGAGAACAUCAUUCCGCAAGUGAAUCUCUAUCAGCUACUAGCGAAGUUUAAUUCCGUGUCGGAAAAGGAGUACAAAACGUACAAGGAAAAUUUUUUCAAACGAUUUGAAAUAACCAGACUUCCAAAGUUUGUCAUUUUGUAUAUUAAGCGGUUUACUAAAAAUACUUUCUUCUUGGAGAAGAAUCCUACCAUCGUUAACUUUCCCGUCAAAAACAUCGAUUUUGGAGACAUUUUGACUGAGGAAAACAAAAGGCGCCACAAGCACACCAAGUACAAUCUGGUGGCAAACAUCGUACACGAUGGUGAACCAAAGUCCGGUACCUAUCGGUGCCACAUACUGCAGAAGAGCACUAAUCAGUGGUACGAAAUGCAGGACUUACACGUGACCAGCAUUCUGCCGCAGAUGAUUACACUAACGGAGGCGUAUAUUCAAAUCUACGAGCAGCAGGAGGAAGAUUGCACCGCGGACGGUUGACCGGUGGUUAUUAAAGGUAAUUUAUUUAUAAUUGAUUCCCAUUUUUUUGUUGUUUUUUUUGAAGAAUCCUUACUAUAGUUAGUACGUUAUCAGAUAAUAUAGGGAAAACAAUUUUCA